GCCUGACAGCGGCACCAUGAGCGGCGCGGGCGGAGCGGCGGUGGCGCCCGCGAGCUCGGCGCAGCCCGCGCCGGAGGAGGGCAUGACGUGGUGGUACCGCUGGCUGUGUCGCCUGUCGGGGGUGUUAGGGGCAGUCUCUUGUGCAAUCUCGGGCCUCUUCAACUGCAUCACCAUCCACCCUCUGAACAUCGCGGCCGGCGUGUGGAUGGUCAUGAACGCCUCUGUCCUGCUGCUGUGCGAGGCGCCCUUCUGCUGCCAGUUCAUGGAGUUUGCGAACGCUGUGGCAGCUAAGGCAGACCGGCUGCGCUCCUGGCAGAAGGCCGUCUUCUACUGCGGGAUGGCGGUCGUUCCCGUCGUCAUCAGCCUGACCCUGACCACACUGCUGGGCAACGCCAUCGCCUUCGCCACCGGGGUGCUGUAUGGGCUGUCUGCGCUGGGCAAAAAGGGCGACGCAAUCUCCUAUGCCAGGAUCCAGCAGCAGAGGCAGCAGGUGGACGAGGAGAAGCUCACGGACGCCCUGGAGGGGGAGCUGUGAGGGAGUUGGGGCCCUCCUGCCCCCGCCCGCCUCCUGGUCUGAGUGAGCUUGUGCCGAGGAGCGUGGACCCCGAGGGGUCUGGGGAGGAGCCCACGUCUGGUUCUCUCAGUCCUGCUCACCUGUCCCCACGCCCGGAGUCCUCUCUCUGCCCCCUGCCACGCCCCGCCCUUGGCAUCACCCUGAGCCAAGUGCCAAGGGGCAGGGUGAGGGCUCGGAGGGCCUCACCGGCAGCAGCAGGGUGAGCAGAGGGAGCCUCAGGGUAACCAGCUGCAGGGCUCUGCACAGACACUGGCCCCACUGUUUCCAGCUGGCCUGGCUUGGCCGGCCACAGGCCACAGGGUGGACUUCGAGACUUCGAGUGGCUGGCGGGACCACCCACCGUGACCGGCUGGAGGCCUGGGAGGAGCUGCUCCUGGGGAUGUGGGUCCCGUCUCCAUAUGGGGGUACAUCCGCUCGGGCCUCCUGGCCUCCCAGGCAGGAGCAUACCCCGUGAGCUGAGCUGCCUGGGCCGCUUCUGUCUGGCCUCCCACCACCGCCCAGGCCCCGCCAGUCUCCUCCAUGGGAGCCCCCAGACGCCCCUCCAGUGCCCCCACCGGCAGCCCUGGCAGCCUGGGGUGUGCUCCGGCCUCUGGUCCCGGCACCGUGGACGAGCACAGAAGCAGGCCUCUCCCCUGGGCCUGGCCGGCCUGGGCCAGCCGUACGCGGCUCUGGGGCUCCGCCCCUGCUCCUCCCAGGAGCAUGGGGGGCUGCGCCUGCCUUCUGGAGCCAGCCCCAGGGCUGCACCCAGUCUUUGCUUCCAGAUGGACCUUCAUCUCUGGGGGUUGCUAGGGUUGGUGGCUGGGAGGCAGGCCCUGUCCUGGGGAUAGCAGCAUGCCCCCAGCCCUCAGCUGGGCUGAGCUCUGGGGCGGCAGGGUCUACCGUGCGGCCAGCCCGGCGGGACAUGUGCCUUCAGGGGUCCUCUGGGACCAUCUUCCUUAGGCCUGUGCCGGGGUCAAAGGGCUGUGGGCUGUAGGCCUCUCCAGGCCGGCAGGGUGUGUGCGUGUGCGUGUGCGUGCGCGUGUCUCCUGUGUGUGCCGUGGAUCAGACUGUCUACCUCCCUGGAGCAGCGAGGGCCCUGCCCACCUCCUGGCUCAUCCUUCCCCAGGAAGUGGGGCUCUGGGGUCACUCCUGCUUCUGCUGGGCCUCCCUGCUGACUGGGGUCUCCCUGCUGACGGAGCCCUUCCUGCUGAUGGGGGUCUCCUUGCUGCAGGAGGGAAGAGCUGGCUGUGUGUGGAGCAGGGCUGUGGCUCUGGCCUGUGAGGAAGCUGGGCGGGUGUUAGGGAGGCCCUCCAGCCCCUGGGUCACAGGCUAGAGUGGGCAGGUCACCCACCGAGGUGGCCAGGACUUGCCCACCCUGGGGGUCUGGGCUCUGUCCUCCCAUGCUCCUUGUCGACUCUCCGUGUCUGGCUUGUGUUUUGAGCAAUAAAGCCCGGUGGCGGUCUGUACUCUU